AUAGGAGCGACUACAGAGGGUAAUCCAAUCAUCCUGACAGAGCUAAUGCCAACCAGCCUAAGAAAGGAAUUAGAGAGUGGAGGAGUGGCCUAUCCAGCCAUACUGAGCAUCAGUUUAGAUGUAGCCUGUGCUCUCAAUUACCUUCAUCUCUUCAAGCCUCAUCCUAUACUACAUAGAGAUGUCAGCAGUGCUAAUGUACUCCUUCAACCAGUAGGAGUUGGUUGGAGGGCUAAAGUAUCAGAUUAUGGUACAGUUAGUCUCCAGCCACUUACCAGUACAUGCUCUCCUGGUAAUCCUGUCUAUUCAGCACCUGAAGCAGGGAAUCCAAGGGAACAUUCUCCUGCAAUGGAUGUCUUCAGUUAUGGUGUCCUCCUUAUAGAGAUGGUCGUUUGCCAGUUUCCAGACGUAGGAAAGAGAGUGGCUCAGAUUAAAGCUAUCAAGAGGCCGACAUUGAAGAAUCUCAUUGAACGUUGUCUGAUAGAGAUCUACAAAGAUCGUCCAACAAUGUCUGACAUUAUAAAAGAAAUAAAAGAAAAACUUGAGUGAAGUAGUGAAUUAGUUUUGCACUAAUUAAUUAUUAGUUUAAUUUAGUUUUGUGUGAUAUUUUGACUACUCUAUUGU